AUGGUGAUGGUGAUGGUGAUGGUGAUGGUGAUGGUGAUAGUGUUGCUGAUGGUGUUGGAUGAUAAGAUAGUGAUGCUGAUCGCGAUGGUGAUGGUGUUGGAUAAGGUGAUAAGGAUUGUGAUGGUGAUGGUUAUGGUAGUUGUGAUGGUGAUGGUGAUUGUGAUUAUGAGGUUGAUGGUGAUGCUGAUAGUGAUGAUGAUGAUGAUGAUGGUUGUGGAUAAGGUGAUGGUGAUGGUGACGGUGAUGGUGAUGGUGAUGGUGAUGGUGAUGGUGAUGGUGAUGGUGAUGGUGAUGGUGAUGGGGAUGGUGAUGGUGUUGGAUAAGAUGAGAGCGAUGUUGAUGGUGAUAGUUAUAGAGGUAGUGAUGGUGAAUUUGAUGGUGAUGGUGUUAGAUUAG